AUGGUUAAGGUAAGGGUUAAGGUUUUGGGUAGGGAUGUCCCAAGGAACCCAGAUAGCACUAACCGUUAUUGUUGGGCCAAUAACCAAAAGGUUGCUAGGACAAAUCCCCAAGCAGACAAGGUGAAACAUCUGUGGGUGUGCCCUUGAGCAAGGCACUUAACCCUAAUUGCUCCAGGGUCGCCGUAGAUGAUGGCAGACCCUGGCCGAGUCCCCACUCUCUGAGGGUGUUUCAGUACAUGUGUAAAAUAGGAGAAAUAUAAGCACUAAAAUGUUAUUAUAUACCGUACCAGUCAAAAGUUUGGACACACCUACUCAUUCAAGGGUUUUUCUUUAUUUGUACUAUUUUCUACAUUGUAGAAUAAUAGUGAAGACAUCAAAACUAUGAAAUAACACAUAUAGAAUCCUGUAGUAACCAAACAAGUGUUAAACAAAUCAAAAUAUAUUUUAUAUUUGAGAUUCUUCAAAGUAGCCACCCUUUGCCUUGAUGACAGCUUUGCACACUCUUGGCAUUCUCUCAACCAGCUUCACCUGGAAUGCUUUUCCAACAGUCUUGAAGGAGUUUCCACAUAUGCUGAGCACUUGUUGGCUGCUUUUCCUUCACUCUGUGGUCCAACUCAUCCCAAACCAUCUCAAUUGGGUUGAAGUCUGGUGACUAUGGAGGCCAGGUCAUCUGAUGCAGCACUCCAUCACUCUCCUUGGUCUAAUAGCCUUUACACAGCCUGGACGUGUGUUUUGGGUCAUUGAUCUGUUGAAAAACAAAUCAUAGUCCCACUAAGCACAAACCAGAUUGGAUGGCGUAUCACUGCAGAAUGCUGUGGUAGCCAUGCUGGUUAAGUGUGCCUUGAAUUCUAAAUAAAUCAGUGUCACCAGUAAAGCACCAUCACACCUCCUCCUCCAUGCUUCACGGUGGGAACCACACAUGCGGAGAUCAUCCGUUCACCUACUCUGCGUUUCACAAAGACACAGUGGUUGGAACCAAAAAUCUCAAAUUUGGACUCAUCAGACCAAAGGACAGAUUUCCACCGGUCUAAUGUCCAUUGCUCGUGUUUCUUGGCCCAAGCAGAUCUCUUCUUCUUAUUGGUGUUCUUUAGUAGUGGUUUCAGCAAUACGACCAUGAAGGCCUGAUUCACGCAGUCUCCUCUGAACAGUUGAUGUUGAGAUGUGUCUGUUACUUGAAUUCUGAAUAAUUUAUUUGGGCUGCAAUUUCUGAGGCUGGUAACUCUAUUGAACUUAUCCUCUGCAGCAGAGGUAACUCUGGGUCUUCCUUUCCUGUGGCGGUCCUCAUGAGAGCCAGUUUCAUCAUAGCGCUUGAUGGUUUUUGCGACUACACUUGAAGAAACGUUCAAAGUUCUUAAUUUUCCGGAUUGACCUUCAUGUCUUAGAGUAAUGAUGGACUGUCUUUUCUCUUUGCUUAUUUGAGCUGUUCUUGCCAUAAUAUUCCACAAAUUUACUUUUAACAAGGCACACCUGUUAAUUGAAAUACAUUCCAGGUGACUACCUCAUGAAGCUGGUUGAGCGAAUGCCACGAGUGUGCAAAGCUGUCAUCAAGGCAAAGGGUGGCUACUUUGAAGAAUCUCAACUAUAACAUAUUUUGAUUUGUUUAACACUUGUUUGGUUAUUACAUGACUCCAUAUGUGUUAUUUCAUAGUUUUGAUGUCUUCACUAUUAUUCUACAAUGUAGAAAAUAGUAAAAAUAAAGAAAAACCCUGGAAUGAGUAGGUGUGUCCAAACUUUUGACUGGUACUGUAAUGCAUACAAUAAAGUUUGUAAUAUGUGUGCAUUCUCAAUUCAGUGUUUGUAGUUCAGCUGUAAACAAUGAAUGCAUACAUUUCGAAAAAUAUUCUGUUGUCUUUCAAUUCCAUGGAUUACAAUUGUAUACAUUGUCAUUUUUUUUAUUCUUAUAGAUACGGGAACUUGUCCUGGACAACUGCAGAUCAAAUGAAGGGAAAAUCGAAGGCCUCACAGAAGAAUUCGUCAAUCUGGAAUUCCUCAGUUUGAUAAACGUUGGCUUAAUCUCAGUUUCCAACCUUCCCAAACUUGGGAAACUCAAAAAGGUAAAGUUUUGAUAUAUAUACACACUACCGUUUAAAAGUUUGGGGUCACUUAGAAAUGUCCUUGUUUUCGAAAGAAAAGUGAAUUUUUUUGUCCAUUAAAAGAACAUCAAAUUGAUCAGAAAUACAGGGUAGACAUUGUUAAUGUGGUAAAUGGCUAUUGUAGCUGGAAACGGCUGAUUUUUAAUGGAAUAUCUACAUAGGCGUACAUAGGCCCAUUAUCAGCAACCAUCAGUCCUGUGUUCCAAUGGCACGUUGUUUGCUAAUCCAAGUUUAUCUUUUUAAAAGGAUAAUUGAUCAUAAGAAAACCUUUUUGCAAUUAUGUUAGCACAGCUGAAAACUGUUGUGCUGAUUUAAAGAAGCAAUACAACUGGCCUUCUUGAGACUAGUUGAGUAUCUGGAGCAUCAGCAAUUGUGGGUUCGAUUACAGAAUCAAAAUGGCCAGAAACAAAUAACUUUCUUCUGAAACUCGUCAGUCUAUUCUUGUUCGGAGAAAUGAAGGCUAUUCCAUGCGAGAAAUUGCCAAGAAACUGAAGAUCUCGUACAACGCUGUGUACUACUCCCUUCACAGAACAGCGCAAACUGGCUCUAACCAGAAUAGAAAGAGGAGUGGGAGGCCCUGGUGCACAACUGAGCAAGAGGACAAAUACAUUAGUGUCUAGUUUGAGAAACAGACGCCUCACAGGUCCUCAACUGGCAGCUUCAUUAAAUAGUACCCGCAAAACACCAGUCUCAACGUCAACAGUGAAGAGGCGACUCUGGGAUGCUGACCUUCUAGGCAGAGUUGCAAAGAAAAAGCCAUAUCUCAGACUGGCCAAUAAAAAUAAAAUAUUAAGAUGGGCAAAAGAACAGACACUGGACAGAGGAAGAUUGGAGAAAAAAACUGUUAUGGACAGACAAAUCGAAGUUUGAGGUGUUCGGAUCACAAAGAAGAACAUUUGUGAGACGCAGACCAAAUUAAAAGAUGCUAGAGGAGUGCUUGAUGCCAUCUGUCAAGCAUGGUGGAGGCAAUGUGAUGGUCUGGGGUGCUUUGGUGGUGGUAAAGUGGGAGAUUUGUAUUGGGUAAAAGGGAUCUUGAAGGAAGGCUAUCACUCCAUUUUGCAACACCAUGCCAUACCCUGUAGACGGCGCUUGAUUGGAGCCAAUUUCCUCCUACAACAGGACAACGACCCAAAGCACAGCUUUAAACUAUGCAAGAACUAUUUAGGGAAGAAGCAGUCAGCUGGUAUUCUGUCUAUAAUGGAGUGGCCAGCACAGUCACCAGAUCUCAAUCCUAUUGAGCUGUGGUGGGAGCAGCUUGACCGUAUGGUACGUAAGAAGUGCCCAUCAAGCCAAUCCAACUUGUGGGAGGUGCUUCAGGAAGCAUGAGGUAAUCUGAAGAGAUUUCACCCCAACAAAUUGACAACUAGAAUGCUAAAGGUCUGCAAGGCUGUAAUUGCUGCAAAUUGAAGAUUCUUUGAUGAAAGCAAAGUUUGAAGGACAAUUAUUAUUUCUAUUAAAAAUAAUUAUUUAUAUGACUACAUUUCCUAUGCAUUUUGCUAUAUUUACUAUUCAAACUAAUUUCAUGUAUGUUUUCAUGGAAAACAAGGACAUUUCUGAGUGACUCCAAACUUUUGAACGGGUGUAUGUGUAUAAUAUAAUUUUGUUGUUUUGGCUCUGUACUCCAGCACCUUUUGGUUUUGAAAUGAUACAAUGACUGACUGAGGUUAAACUGUCAGCUUUAAUUUUAGGGUAUUUUCAUCCAUAUCGGGUGAACCGUUUAGAAAUUACAGUACUUUUGUACAGUCGGCCCAUUUUAGGGGACAAAUUCACUGAUACAGUGCCUUCAGAAAGUAUUCACACUCCUUGACUUUUUUCACAUUUUUUUUGUUGUGUUACAGCCUGACAUUAAAAUGGAUUAAAUGUAAUGUAAUCAAUCACUGCCCUGCACACAGUACCCCAUAAUGUCAAAGCGGGAUUAUGUUUUAGAAAUGUUUACAAAUUAAUGAAAAGCUGAAAUGUCUUGAGUCAAGUAUUCAAUGCCUUUGUUAUGGCAAGCCUAAAUAAGUUCAGGAGUAAAAAUGGACUCAAGGACAUUCAGAGACUUGUCCCGAAGCCACUCCUGAGUUGUCUUGGCUGUGUGCUUAGGGUCGUUGUCCUGUGGGAAGGUGAACCUUUGCCCCAGUCUGAGGUCCUGAGCAGGUUUUCAUCAAGGCUCUCUCUGUACUUUGCUCCGUUCAUCUUUCCCUUGAACCUGACUAGUCCCCCAGUCCCUGCCGCUGAAAAACAUCCCCACAGCAUGACGCUGCCACCACCAUGCUUCACCAUAGGGAUGGUGCCUUGUUUCCUCCAGACGUGACGCUUGGCAUUCAGGCCAUGAGUUCAAUCUUUGUUUAAUCAGACCAGAGAAUCUUGUUUAUUAUGGUCAGAGUCCUUUAGGUGCCUUUUGGCAAACUCCAAGCAGGCUGUCAUGUGCCUUUUACUGAGGAGUGGCUUCCGUCUGGCCACUCUACCAUAAAGGCCUGAUUGGUGGAGUGCUGCAGAGAUGGUUGUCCUUCUGGAAGGUUCUCCCAUCUCCACAGAGGAACUCUGGAGCUCUGUCAGAGUGACCAUCAGGUUCUUUGUCACCUCCACAAGAGAUGUGUUUUAAGGCUAUGGAAUGCGAAAGUGAAUUUAUCAUUUCCAAAUGGUUUAGGUCAGUUGUGUGCUGCUUUGCGAUCUAUUGACAUCUAAUAGGCGCAAUAUUUUUUACUGAUGCAUUUGCCAAUAUUCAAAUAAUACGCACAAAAGCAUUCACUGUGAAAGUAGAUACAUGUAGGCCCUUCAUAUAUAGGCUAUGCGCAGCACUUCAUUCAAUUUAUCGGAUCAGUUAUUGUUUUCUUGCUCAAACCGUUAGCAUCACCUGUCAAACUCAGACAUUUCUCUCAAAACACAGGGAUGUCGAUUUGUACGGGACUAGUAUUAUCAGAGGACCUUGGAGUUCCCCAAAAAAACGUAGGUUACUCUGGCUGGAAUUGUUACACUCCUGUCAUGUACAAAUUACUGACAUGGCAGAUUCGGACGGGACUAAAAUUACAGAUGUGGUGUUUUGUGCUUGUGUACAUAAUUACAUUACCUGGCCACCCCCAGUAAAACUAAUCCUGUCCGAAUAGGGUUUUAGGCAGGGGCUGCGGCAUUGUUCUCAAUCCCAAUAUGCUGGUUAAUUUUGCUAUUAUGCACAUAGCAACAUAGGGAAAGGAGCCAAUUCUACGGGGCACUGAAGGUUGUUUGAUCCGCGGACAGCGACCAUAUCAAACGCGGGAGAAAGCGCAUUUGUUAUGAAAUAAUAUUAGAUUUAUUAGUGUUGCACCAUUUAUUUUUGCGUAAUAUAACCAUAUACAAUUUCAGUAUCACAUGUCUUGGAGUGAUGGACUGUGCCAUCCUCGUGGCCUCUGCAAUGGAUUAGUCCACUGAGACAAGCGGAAUCAGACAGUUGUCUUGUGCAACAUGAAAAAAAGACCAACAACCUAUCGACCAAAUAAUCGACCGGUCGACUAAAUGGGGUCAGCCCUAGAUGCUACCAUGAUUACAGAUAAUCCUGAAUGAGCCGUGAAUAAUAAUUAGUGAGAUUUAGACGCAGAAUUAUCAUAUCCCCCCCCCAAAAAAAUGUUAACCUGCCGUUAUUGUAAUGGUGAGAGGUUAGCAUGUCUUUGGGGUAUGAUAUUUGUGCAUCUAACUUUCUCACUCAUCAUUCACGAUUGAUUCAGGAUUAUCUGUAAUCAUGGUAGCAUCCACAUUAAUGUAGAAGUGUUUAGAAAUGUAUUUUGUUCUUAUUUACAAUAGAAGUGACUCCAAAAUGACACUACAUUAUUUACCAUCCAUUUCUAUUGGGCACAAAAUCUGAAACACAACAAAAAAAAACAGCAAAUGCAUCCAACAAAUUUGUAGGGUCACAACCCUGAUGUAGUCAUUGCAUGCUAUGAAUAUGGGACCAAAUACUAAACUUUUUACUACUUUAAUACACAAGUACAUUUGUCCCAAUACUUUUGGUUCCUUAAAAAUGGGAGGACUGUGUACAAAACGUGCUGAAAUUUCUAAAACGUUUACUUGAUAUGGAUGAAAAUACUCUCAAAUUAAAAUUGACAGUCUGCACUUUAACCGUAGUCAUUGUAUCAUACUGGAGUACAGAGCCAAAACAACAAUAACAACUAACUGGCUAAACACUUUGUUGCAGUUGGAACUCAGUGACAACAGAAUCUCUGGUGGCCUUGAUGUGCUAGCAGAGAAACUCCCCAACCUCACACAUCUAAAUCUAAGUGGGAACAAACUGAAGGACAUCAGCACAUUGGAACCUUUGGUAGGGACACCAAACUCCCGGUAGAGCACAAUACAGUACAACACCAUCUCAUUGUCUCAGGCUAUGCCUCAAAUUACACUAUUCCCCAUAUAGAGUUUUGACCGUAGACCUAUUUGGCAGUGUGUUUGUUUGUUUCCCUAUGUGGCUCUGGUCAAAAGUAGUGUAAUAGCCUACGAGGAAAAGGUGUUCUAUAAGCUCUUGAGAGAUUUAUUCAGGCAGUGUUAUUGACCCCCUAAUUAACCUACACCCAUUUGGUCCCACAGAAAAAGCUGGACAGCCUGAAGUCUCUGGACCUGUUCAACUGUGAGGUGACCAACCUGAACGACUACAGGGAGAGUGUGUUCAAGCUGCUCCCUCAGCUCACCUACCUGGAUGGGUACGACGUGGAGGACCGGGAGGCGUCUGACGUGGAUGGGGUGGACGAUGAAGACGAUGAGGGUUGGCAGCCAUUUUUAUUUUUUUCCCCAAUGUUUUGAGGCAAUAUAAGAAAAUGAAAAUGCAGUUGUGGGAUUUGAGUUGAGAAUGGGGUCUUCUGUAGCUCAGUAGGUAGAGUAUGGAGCUUGCAACGGCAUAAUAGUGGGUUCGAUUCCCGGGACCACCCAUAUGCAAAAUGUAUGCACACAAGACUGCAAGAGCAUCCCAAACAUGCUCAAUGGGUGACGUCUGAGUUUUCAGCUUCCAGGAAUUGUGUACAGAUCAAGGGGCCGUGCAUUACCAUGCUGAAAGACGAGGUGAUGGCAGCAGAUGAAUGACAACAAUGGGCCUCAGGAUCUCGUCACUAUCUCUGUGCAUUCAAAUUGCCAUCGAUAAAUGCAAUUGUGCUCGUUGUCCGGAGCUUAUGCCUGCCCAUACCAUCAUGGGGCACUAAUGUUCACAACGUUGACAUCAGCAAUCCGCUCGCCCACACAACGCCAUACAUGCUGUAUGCCAUCUGCCCGGUACAGUUGAAACUGGGAUUCAUCCGUGAAGAGCACAUUUCUCCAGGGUGCCAGUGGCCAUCGACGGUGAGAAUUUGCCAACUGAAGGCGGUUACGACGCCGAACUGCAGUCAGGUCAAGACCCUGGUGAGGACGACGAGCACGCAGAUGAGCUUCCCUGAGACUGUUUCUGACAGUUUGUGCAGAAAUUAUUCGUUUGCGCAAACCCACAGUUUCAUCAGCUGUCCGGGUGGCUGGUCUCAGACGAUCCCACAGGUGAAGAAGCCGGGCGUGAAGGUCCUGGCUGGCGUGGUCACACGUGGUCUGUGGUUGUGAGGCCAGUUGGACGUACUGCCAAAUUCUCUAAAAUGACGUUGGAGGCAGCUUAUGGUAGAGAAAUUAACAUUCAAUUCUCUGGCAACAGCUCUGGUGGACAUUCCUGCAGUCAGCAUGCAAAUUGCACGCUCCCUCAACUUGUGGCAUUGUGUUGUGACAAAACUGCACAUUUUAGUGGCCUUUUUUUGUCCCCAGGACAAGGUGCACCUGUGUAAUGAUCAUGCUAUUUAAUAAGCUUCUUGAUUUGCCACACCUGUCAGGUGGAUGGGAUAUCUUGGCAAAAGGGAAAUGCUCACUAACAGGGAUAUUUCUGCUCAUGAAACAUGGACCAACACUUUACAUGUUGCAUUUAUAUUUUUGUUCAGUAUAUAGUAGAAUCCAUGUUAGUACAUCGUGGAUAUUGUCAUUCAAGGGAAUUCUAUUGUGUAUUUGUAGGAUUUUUCAGCAUGGAUGUGAUUUACUACUUUGUUUUUUAGGAGGAACGAAGGAUGAGGACGGAGAGGAGGAAGACUUUGACGAGGAGGAGGAUGAGGUCAGCGGAGAUGAAGAGGUAAAGCCCUUUUUUGGUUUGUUUGUGACAAAUAGUUUAAAAGAUGAACGGGGGGAUAUGGUUUGAAAGCUCUGGAUUCUGACCUGCUCUGUCCCAUCUCCCCAGGAGGAAGACCUUGGUAUUGAUGAUGACGACAACGACGAUGGUAUGUCAUUCUCAUACUUUUUGUCACAAGCUCAUGUCCAAAGUUCAUGUUAAAAAGUUUCACUUUUGGAUGCUUUACUUAAGUACAGUAUCAUAUAGUCAAAUAACCCUUUCCCAUUUCUCCCAGAAGUUGAGGCUGUCCAAGGAGAGACGAGAAAGCAAAAGCCUGAUGACAACGAUUAUGAGCAAAAAAUUAGAGCCAAUCAAGUUGUCAACCCCUUCCCUCUCCACCCUGACACCCACCCACACCCUGCCUACUCAAAGUCUCUCCCCCAGCUUUGAGCCCCCGUGUGGGGAAAGACUACCGGACUGGUGGUUCAAGUGGAGCUGCCUGCACCCCAUGGAACCGAGAGCCGUUCUCAAGCAGCACACUACUCCGCAUUCCACAAUUUCACUGUCAACUCCCCCUUUAUGUAUACCUGUGAGGACAUUGGGACUGGUAUCUAGUUUUGGGUCUGUGCUUUUAAUAUUUUGUUGGAUUAAUUAUGAAUUUUUGUUUUGUUUAUUUCUUCCCCUUCUAUUUUUCCCCCCAAUAAAAGUAUUGCUAUAGCAACUGUGCGGCCGCCUGCCUGUUGCACAAAUCAAGGUUGUAGCUACAUUUUUACUUUCUGUAUGACAAACUACUUUGUAAAUAAAAUGUUAACAUUUUGCACUUUGCUCUCCUCUGGUCAUGCUUUUCUCGUCACAUCUAAAGUUGAUUAAUUGAAUGAAUCUGAUGAGUUAAGUGCCUGUCUCACCUCCUGAGUGCAAUGGGUUGCCUCUGUGGGAAAAGUCUAGAACUCAUCUAUCACACAAUAUGCACCAAAUUGAUAUUUCAAAGUCACUCUACGAGAUGACAUGUUGCAGCUUAUUUUAUUAUUUUGAAUGGGAGGGAAGGAAAGAAGUUGGCAAUAGGAACACAUGAAAUCAGUUUAUUCGUCACAUGCUUUGUAAACAGGUGUAGACUGAAAUGCUUACUUACGGGCCCUUUCCAACAAUGCAGAGAAAUUGGAAGUAAUAAUAAAUACACAAUGAAUAACGAUAACUUGGCUAUAUACAAGGGGUACCAGUACAUAAUCGAUGUGCAGGGGUACGAGGUAGAUAUGUAAUAUAAUAUGUACACAUAACUAGGAAUAAAGUGACAGUAAACCGUAUCAGCAGCUUAUGUGAUGAGUCAAAGUUAGUGCAAAAAGGGUCAAUGCAGAUAGUCUGGGUAGCUAUUUGGUUACUGAACAAAAAUAUAAAACACAACAUGUAAAGUGUUAGUCCCAUGUUUCAUGAGCUGAAAUAAAAGAUCCCAGACAUUUUCCAUACGCACAAAAAGCUUUUUUCUCUCAAAUUGUGCACAAAUUUGUUCACAUCCCUGUUACUGAGCAUUUCUCCUUUGCCAAGAUAAUCCAUUCACCUGACAGGUGUAGCAUAUCAAGAAGGUGAUUAAACAGCAUCAUUACACAGGUGCACCUUGUGCUGUGGACAAUAAAAGGCCACUCUAAAAAGUGCAGUUUUGUCACAACACAAUGCCACAGAUGUCUCAGGUUUUGAGGUAGCGUGCAAUUGGCAUGCUGACUACAGUAAUGUCCACCAGAGCUGUUGCUCAUUGCUCUACCAUAAGCCGCAGCCAACGUCGUUUUAGAGAAUUUGGCAGUACAUACAACCGGCCUCACAACCGCAGACCACGUGUAACCAUGGUAGCCCAGGAUCUCCACAUCCGGCUUCUUCACCUGCGGGAUCGUCACGACCAGCCACCCAGACAGCUGAUGAAAGAGGAGUAUUUAUGUCUGCAAUAAAGCCCUUUUGUGGGGAAAAACUCAUUCUGAUUGGCUGGACCUGGCUCCCAAGUGGGUGGGCCUAUGCCCUCCCAGGCCCACGCCUCUACCCAGUCAUCUGAAAUCCAUUGAUUAUGGCCUAAUUCAUUUAUAUUUGAAAUUGUUGCGUUUAUAUUUUUGUUCAGUAUAACUUCAUAAAAUAAAUAGUGGUACGAUCACAUGGUAUAAACAACAAUUUCAACAAGCACCAUCUUUACAGGAGAAAUAAAACAAUCCAUGUUUUAGAAAAAUAACAAUAUAUAACAUUGCAUUUAUUUGGCUAAAUAUUCAUAUGGUCUCGGAUUCAACUGUAAAACAAUUAUUAAGAGCCGAUUCCAAAAUCAAUCCAUAGAACCAGAACCAUUAGGACCAUAUAGAACCUGAACCAGAAGCAUUCAGCUGGCUAGUUAUGUUCCAACAGCCACCGGUCUGACCCGGAGCACCUCAGCGAAGCCCUGUCCAAACCAGCAGGUGAUGUCUGCCGUGUCCAAGGUGAAGAAGAAGAGUCUGUCCUUACAGCGGCUCCUCCAAUACACAGACCUGGGGUCAACAGAUAGGAUCCCUCUGAUGGCGGCCGCAGCUUCCUUUGGACCGCGCAGGAACCGUAACCUGGGUCGCUCACAGGGUUCUAGAGCAGGACUGCCCAACCCUGUUCCUGGAGAGCUACCGUCCUGUAGGUUUUUGCUCCAACCCUAAUCUAGCACACCUGAUUCUAAUAAUUAGCAGGUUGAUAAGAUGAAUCAGGUUAGUAACAUACAGGAGGGUAGCUCUCCAGGAACAGGGUUGGGCAGUCCUGCUCUAGAACCUUGUGAGCGACCCAGGUUCUAGAGAAACGGGGACAUUUACAGAGGAAGAAACCAGUGAACGCAAUAACAUAUAGAUAUUUUUUAACAAUAGGCCAAAUGGAUGACGGAGAAACAUUACUUUUUUUUUAUAUCAUUGACUUUACUCUGGUAAGAUAGUUUAGGCUUGAGAUGCAAUGAUAUCUAUACAAACCCGCUGCAAAAACAAUUGGCGCCACAAUGGAGCUCUCUGGUGGAUGAAUGCACAACUCAGUCCUUUUUAAAAAGCAAUAAUAAAGCUCUCAUGUCAACCUCAGCUCGGGGGGAAUUCUAUAGGCUUACCUGCAUUGAUGGGGGCAAGGAACUCAUCCAGCUCUCUCUCUGCUUGGGUGUCUUGGCUUUAGGCCCAGCUGAAGCCUGGGACUUUCCUACAGAGCUCCACAUGGUGAGGUGGUCAUCUCCCUGGCUGAUGUAGGCCUUGAGCUCUCCCAGCACAGUGGUGAUGUCUUUGCCUGGGGCUUUAGGAGCAGAAGAGCUGUAGGCAUCGCCUGGACGGAGGAUGUGAACUUUGGAUUUGUCUUUUUAGUGGAAUAUUCUGGGAUCUGUGCUAUGACUAUUCCCUCUCUCAAACCCCAUGUCCAACUGGGGAUCAUCAGUACAGGAGAAAGAAGCUAUUGAGUCUGAAUGCAACCUCCACACUGGAGGUCUCCUCUUUUGAUGGUACAUUGGUGCCCUCAGGUUGGACGCCACAGUCAUAAGUAUGUGUCAAUGUUCAGUCUACUGUGUGGGGAGUCAUAGUCAGAGAUUGUGUGCCUGUGAGAGCUAUCUCACUCAGUGUGUCAGAUAAGGAUAUGAAUAGAUUAAAUAGAUCUGAAUUCAUACAAUAACAUCUGAUAAUGUUGUAAGAUAGAGAUUGUUUAUGCUGCCUAACAAAAGUACACAUUGGCAAAUGUGCUCAUAGGCUUUCCGCACGUGUCGUAAUUUCUAGCUAGCCAACCAGCAAUUUAUUAACUGGCAACCAGUCUGCCAGGCCUUAUGCCACGUUCUGGUCGGAACUAGGAAUCUCGUAAAUGCUAACUGGUUGAACGUGGCACGUGUAUAACUACAACCUAUUAGCAAGUCAGACAUUUUUCAGAGUUGCCGACUUGCACGUGAACGCGGCAUUACUGCCGAUUCUUUUGCUUGCUGCCAUUAUUGCAGUGUUUAACCAUUUCACAGCCUCCUAGUCGGUUGCACACACAAGGUUUGAUUGCAAAGUUGUCUCAAUUAUUUGUUCACUUCUACAUCAGUGUUGUAGGAGGUCAAAGUUUCCACAAUGCGUUAGACACACGGAAUGGUUUAUUUUAUAUAGACCUUGGUAGCCAUGUUUGUUGUUAUCAUAAAUGCUAAAAUGAGGGGCCCUUUAUUACAAUGCACUUCUAAAUCCCCCAGCAAUAAUCCAUUGUUUUUACAGCAUGUCCCACAAUAUUUUUGUGAUAAAUGGGUGGAGUCUUUUAGACAUUUUUCCCGAUUCAGUAGGGACCCUGAUAUUUAGCUAGCUAGCUACGCAAACAAAAAUGUUUCACUCGUUUUUAUUAGUCAUCCACAUCUUGUACACUACAGCUACCAUUACCCCCCACCCCCACCCUUUUAGCUAGCUAGCUAGCUAGCCAUAACGUAACGGCGCUUUAUAUAUCAAGCUUGCUAACAGUCGACUGAAGUCAUUGAGGGGCCAUUGCCAGAUACAAUAUCGCAGAUCAUCUUCUACUUGCCUUACAUCCCAUUAAAAUGUUACAUUGUUCGGUUUGAUAUUCAUAAACUAAUUUAUUUUCUGGCGAGUUAAAGCUGAUUGUUAUAUACACUCACUAGUCAGUUUAUAUGACGUAUAUAAACCCUGGAUUGCUGAUGCUAUUUAUUGGCCAUUGAGAGGCUUUGACACCACCGGUCGGCCAUAUUGGCACGCCAUAGGAGGAGCAGUCCUCCAUAGGAAUGAAUGGGAUUCUGCAGUAUUUCAAUUUUAUGUUUCAAGGACAAAAUUCUAUGUACAGUUAAGUAUUUGUUUUGUUGUAGUGGGGACAGUAAAAUUAGUACUCUAAAAAAAAAAAUACUUUAAGGAAAAUGUUUUAAUAUUUUUUCAUGUUUAGCUCGCAUAAUAUACACUUUAGGUAUGCAUUAAGUUGUCUGUAAUAGAAUACGUGUCAAAAACAAAUGUAGACAUUAAUAAAUGCAUUUCUAUAGCUUCCAAAGUACUGUUUUACAAUUGAGGAGGACUGCCAAGAUGGCUGCUCGGUGGCUUCAAUACAGUACCCCCUGUUAGUCAUCCAGGGUUUAUACACAUCAUUGUAAACCACCCCGUUCACGAAAAUGGAUCGCUCCUACAAACAGUGAGUCACGUGGCCGUGGCUUGCCAUAUAAAGCAGGUAGACAGGCAUCUAGUUAUACUGUUCGAUUGAACGUUAGAAUGGGUAAAAAGAGUGACCUAAGGGACAUUGAGCGUGGUAUGAUCGUCGGUGCCAGACGCGCCGGAUCCAGUAUAUCACAAACGGCAGCACUCCUGGGCUUUUCACGCACGACAGUGUCUGUGGUUUACCGAGAAUGGCGCGACAAACAAAAAACAUCCAGUCAGCGACAGUCCAGUGGGCGUAAACAGCUCGUUGAUAAGAGAGGUCGAAGGAGAUUGGAAAGAAUAGUGCAAGCUAACAGGCGGGCCACAAUUAGACAAAUAACGGCGCAGUACAACAGUGGUGUGCAGAACAGCAUCUCGGAACGCACAACUCGUCGAUCCUUGUCACGGAUGGGCUAUUGCAGCAAACGGCGGGCAAAUGAGGAGUGGAAAAACAUCGCCUGUGUAGAUAAGGUAAAGGAGUCAAUGGAAUGCAGACCGUUCCAUUGACCAGUUUGGCGCACAUUCAACAAAUCUGACCUAACAAAGUGGAUAUUUGUCAAAUCAGACAUCUAUGUAUUGUAACAGGCCCACAAUGUGGUUACUUAAGUCCGAUUAAUAUGUUUGGCUGUUUUCGCUGCAUAACGUUUAGAAGUUGCCCCUUUUCAGGUUCAGAAGUGACUGCUAAAUUAACUCCCGUUCAGCUAAGCUGGUUAGCUAGCACACAGAAAUCGGUGGUAGUAAGUCAAGUCGUUCUUAACUGUAAGAGUUGAUUGGUUACGAAUACAUGAACGUGUUGAGGUUGACGUCCAUAGAAGCGUUAUACUCAACAUUGUGUGAAAUAAACAAUAGCCUAAAUGUAAACUGUUGUUGCGAGCGGUCAACGAAUGUUUGGUUCCAGCCAUAUUAUUCCUCGCAACUACCACGAAAGAGAUCAAAAUACUUAUUGAAACUGGCCAACAACCUCCACGUUCAGUGUUGAUAUUUUGUAUGUUGUGUUUAUAAUUUAGACAUUUCUAAUGUAUAGGCUAGACAAUGUACUAAUAACAUGUUGUUCGCCGGCUUGUGAAGUAGCCGGCCUGAAUGACACGAGACCGAGCAAAAGGCGUUUGGUGUGUGGGUUGCUAAAACUCCGUUCGACCCGCUCUGGCUUUUCAUGCAAACAUUAAUAAAGGUAUUCUACAUUAAAUACAUUUGAAUUGAUAUGUUUUACGUCAUUACUGCAUGUAAACAGUCAUUCUUCUUCGGAGAGUUUUGAGAACUGCAUCUCAGGAAUCGCCAUGUUGUCAUUCUGCCGUCUUUGAAGCUCUAGAGAAAGGAACUCCAUCUUUGUUUUACUAAUAACCAGUGUGCAACUGCAGCCCGCAAUUCGGGGCGUACUUCUAUGAUAUCAUGGCGGUCCGCAAACAAACGUUUUAAGUGCAUGCCGCCACCUACUGUGCUGGCAUGUACGCUCAAUCAUGAUUCGGUACUACCAUGAAAAUAAAAUUCAAAACCAAAUAACUUCUACCCCCCCCCCCCCCCUCAAAAAAAAAACACUCCCCAACCCCAUUAAACUUUAUUUAUAUAAUGCUGAGACACUCCACCCUUAGGAUUGUUCAGCAUGUCAACUAUUUCAACAGUAACACCUGUUACCCCCAAUAUCUCUUUUGCCUUCUCCACAAUAACCUUCAACCUGGCAUUUCUGCUUUCCACAACCCAAGUCGUAUUGAUACCUUAAUAAAAGCUAUGAAGUCAACUUUAUUCAUUAUAAAAGUGUCCUGACAUCACACAUUCAUGAGCACAAGAUUUCUGAACAGGCCUCGAAACCAUGCUAGGACCAUUAAAAAAAAAACCCAACCCCAACAUUAGGUCCACUUACUACAGGUACAUCCAUGUAAGCUCCAUCAUCACACUAGUUCUACCAAUCUGUUUUACAGCCUCUGCAUAUGAUACAUCAUGACUGGUCCUAUAUCUCUGAGCCUUUCUAGCCUCUCUCUCUCUGUAGCUGGCAUCCACCAAGUGUUCUCCCCCACAAUUACAGCACUUAACCUUCACAUUGCUACCACAGUCACCGUAAUCAUGUUCCCCUCCACACUAGGCACAUCUUUCCUUUACACUGAGCAGCUACAUGUCCCAUGCUUUGGCAUUUAAAACGCUGCGGUGCAUAUGGGUCAUUCUCUAACAUUGAAACUAAGGAAUCCUAUCUGUACUUUUCCCGGCAAGACUUUCUAAAACCACAGCAUCACUGUUAAGCUUUCACUUCUUUGACCCUCUUUCCUACUGAUCAACAUUUUGGCUUCAAUCACUCUGCCUCCCUUCACAUUUUCUUUAAUGUCAUCUGUGGACAUAGAUAUUGGGACCCAGGUGAUGACUCCCCUUAACCUAGCAUAAGCACCAGGUACAUGGCUUUUAAUCUUCUUCCCAUUAUGUUUUUCCAUUUGCAGAAUCUUCCCUUGCUGAGCCUGGCUACCACAAAAAAAUUAGCAAUCUACCAUUUCCAAUCAACCGGGCGAGUUUAACUUCACUUAUCUCUUUCUCUACGGCGUUAGUCGGAUAGGGUGUAAAUGAGGCCCUAUGGUCUCAAACUCCACAACUUUCCACUCCGACAUAUUACUUUUGCUUCCUACCUUGACCCUCUUUUUACUUUCUACACUAGCCGCUCCACUGCUUUCAGUAUCAUGAUCUCUCUUCUUCCUAUGUCUUUCCACUACAGACCAUUCAGAUCCUUGAGCCUCAUCCUCCCGCUCCAUAUCAUCAGAGCGGUCACCCAUACUGAUCGCACAGCUGUUGCUUCUCCAUUUCGUCCACACUACUUGCCACCAUUUCCCCUAAUUUUUCUAUCCUCUUCGGGGGCAUCUUGCAUGUGGGUAUUCCUGCAUCUAGCAUUUAUUUGCCUAUUUCUGUUAUGGAACGCCUACUCUGAAGUGUGCAAUAACUGAAUUUGCCCUUGCACUCCUAAACAACUACAUUUUUAGAAAUUUUGGCAAAGGGUGAAGUCUACAAAACGCAGUCCACUGUCUGUUACAGAUUCUAGUUUUGGAAACAAUACUGUAUGGAGCUCAAAUGUUUAAUCGCUGAGAAAAUUUGCAGAAUGUCAGCCAAAAUCCAUCUUCUCCCACUGCCGGCCACUGGGCUUCCUCUCACCACCUUAUUUGGUAGUGAGUGGAAACUCCAACCGGAUACUUCACAUUUAUACAUCCGGUGAAAUAUCUGGCUAAUUGUUCUGCGCUACUGGUCUGUACUAGCUAUAGCAAAGAGGAAGAGAGGCCCAACUCGGCUGAAAAUCUGUCUCCCUCCAACAGGUAGUGUUGUUUCGCCCACAAAGCAAGGAGUUUUUGUAUGGAGGUCAAUGAGCGUCGAAUUUGGUCAACAACAAAAAAAAUUAUGGCUUAUUUGCUACGUGAGGUUUAUUUGAUCUAAAAAGUUUCAUAAUGCUUAAGUUAAGUGUACUGAUAUGUAGGUCACGUGACAUCCUGGCAACUUUGGGAAAAAAAAAAAAAAACGUAUCGGGAUGGCUAUGCAUAUUCAUAGCAUAAGGCUAAUAGCAUAGUAUCUCUCCCCAUUGAAUACAGGCUGUUGAUGUCAACAACCCUCAUCGAAUAUUCAAAAAAGGAUUACAAAAAAAGGAUUACAAUAAUGAGAUGUAUCCAGCCCGCCGUGCCGCUUUGUGGACAACGACUCCCAUUGUUAUGAUGGAGAGACAUGCAUCUUGUCAGUAUAUCCAUAAUCUUUGGCUAUAGCUAGCUAGUCUUCUGGUGGGGUUAUCGGCUGUUAGCUACCAACUUUAUGGUACAUUAGCUCCAUCUACUGUACUGGAGCGCUCGUCUCCCGCCUAUGUACUGGAGUCGUAGCUUAAAAAUGGCCCAAUAGAAGUAUAAAGAGGGGUUCCUGCAGAUGCAGGAAUGCCCACAUGCAUUACAUUUACAUUUUAGUCAUUUAGCAGACGCUCUUAUCCAGAGCGACUUACAGUUAGUGAGUGCAUACAUUAUUUUAUAUUUAUUUUUCAUACUGGCCCCCCGUGGGAAUCAAACCCACAACCCUGGCGUUGCAAAUGCCAUGCUCUACCAACUGAGCUACAUCCCUGCCAGCCAUUCCCUCCCCUACCCUGGACGACGUUGGGCCAAUUGUGCGCCGCCCCAUGGGUGUCCCGGUCGCGGCCGGCUACGACAGAGCCUGGAUUCGAACCAGGAUCUCUAGUGGCACAGAUAGCACUGCGAUGCAGUGCCUUAGACCACUGCGCCACUCGGGAGGCUAACGCCCCGAUGCAGAAACGCCCCGAUUUGCGGGCUGCAGUUGCAACCUUCUAAUUUCUAACAAACUGUCCUAUCGGUCGUUCGCUCGACAGCUAGUGAAUCAAUUUCCCCAAAAAUGUUUUAGCUUUACAGAGUAUAUUUGCAAUCCUUCCCGUUGCUGUAGGGUAGUUAAUGGCAGGCAGUCAGGCUUCUCUUGCAGCUCUUCAAUUGCACGGCAGCGCUUAAAAGGGCAAUGGCUAGCCUGUAGCGAGCUUGCUAACAAAAAGCAUUGCAUUUGUCAUUAGUGACUGCAUCAGCGCGCCAAGUGAAGGUAGAACUGUAUUGUGCGGUUCUUCCUCGUGGCAGCGGUUUCAAAGAAACAACUGCGGUGCCUCGACAUAAAACAAUGCAACCAAAUACUUUUAUUGAUGGCUCCACUCGACAGCCUUAUCAAUGUUUCACUUUGUUACUGUGCAAAUCAUGAUCUUUGAUGUUCAACGUUAACUUUAUUCAACCUUUUUAAUCAAGCUUUUGGUUGCGCAAUGACUGUCCCUGACUAUUAAACGUGAACUCUGCUCUUUAAAUUAUUAAAUGUAACAUUUUGUAGCUAGGAACUGAGAAGUUGAAGGAUUCAUACAGAAGUCAGGAGAAACUCCUAUUAAUGCGGUCCAUAUUUUGUGUAUUGGACUUUUUUCAUCCUUUAGUUUAUAUUCAAGCUUAGUUUUUUUAAUGCAGCUAGUUACUGUUGCCAACAUGUGACCAUUCUAAAACAGGUUUUCCACACCACUUUUACAUAUGCAUAAAAUAACGUUAUAAUAUGGGUGCAUUACCCAUGUGUUUAAUGCAUCUGUAAACAAUGCAUGCUUACGUUUUUCUUUGAAUUACAUGGAUUUCAAUUUUACAAAUGGUAUUUUAUCCUUAUAGGUACGAGAACUUGUCCUGGACAACUGCAGAUCAAAUGAAGGGAAAAUCAAAGGCCUCACAGCAGAAUUCGUCAAUCUGGAAUUCCUCAGUUUGAUAAACGUUGGCUUAAUAUCAGUCUCCAACCUUCCCAAACUUGGGAAACUCAAAAAGGUAACGUUUUGCUUAUUAUUAUUUUACACAAGCUUAUUCCAGUAAAAGUGACAUUUGUGUUUACUUCUUUUGAAAAAUAACUUCAAUUCUGGCUGUGGGGGUAGAAGGAGCCAUGGUUAAUCCCUAAUGUCAUCCUAUUCCCUAUAUAGUGCACAACUUUUGUGGGUCCUGGUCAAAAAUAGUGCACUAUGUUCUGUAAGGAAUAGGGUUCCAUUUGGGACAGUCAUUGUUUUCUGAAAGACUUACUUGUUUGGGCGUUUAGACAGAAGUGACUGAUAUAUCUUCACAUUAUGUUGCAGUUGGAACUCAGUGACAACAGAAUCUCUGGUGGCCUUGACGUGCUAGCAGAGAAACUCCCCAACCUCACACAUCUAAAUCUAAGCGGGAACAAACUGAAGGACAUCAGCACAUUGGAACCUUUGGUAGGUACACCAAACUCCCGGUAGAGCACAAUACAGUGUGACACCAUCUCAUUGUCUCAGGCUAUGCCUCAAAUGACACUUCCCCAUAUAGAUCUUUGACCCAUUUGGUCCCACAGAAAAAGCUGGACAGCCUGAAGUCUCUGGACCUGUUCAACUGUGAGGUGACCAACCUGAACGACUACAGGGAGAGUGUGUUCAAGCUGCUCCCUCAACUCACCUACCUGGAUGGGUACGACGUGGAGGACCGGGAGGCAACCGACUCGGACGGAGAGGUGGACGAUGACGACGAUGAGGGUGGGAAGCCAUUUAGUUUUUGUGUUGAGGAAAUGGAAGCGCAGAUGUGAGUUGAGAAUGGGGGUCUUCUGUAGUUCUGUUGGUAGAGCAUGGCGCUUGCAAUGCCAGGAUAGUUGGUUUGAUUCCCGGGACCACCCAUACGUAAAAUGUAUCGCAUGACUAAGUCGCUUCGGAUAAAAACAUUAUAUAUUACAAUCCAUAUUAGUACAUCGUGGGUGUUUUGUCAUGCAAGGCAAUUCUAUUGUGUAUUUGUAGGGUUUGUCUGCAUGUAUCUGUGUGAUGACUGACAAUGGAGGUGGGGUAAUUGUUUUUUAGGAGAGGAUGAGGACGGAGAGGAGGAAGACUUUGAUGAGGAUGGUGAUGAAGAGGAGGGAGUAGUAGGAGAGGAGGAUGAUGAGAUCAGCGGAGAUAAGGCAGUAAAGCCCUUUUUGGUUUGUUUGUGACUCAAUAGUUUAAAAGAUCAACAGGGGGGGAUAUGGUUUGAGAGCUCUGUGGAUUCUGACCUGCUCUGUCCCUUCUCUCCAGGAUGAAGACCUUGGCAUUGAUGGUGAAGUUGACGAAGAUGGUACGUCAUUCAUACUUUGUCACAAGCUCAUGUUAAAAAGUUUCACGUUUGGAUGCUUUACUAAGUACAGUACCUUUAUAGUAUAAUGACCCUUUCCCAUUUCUCCCAGAAGUAGAGGCUGUCCAAGGAGAAAAGAGAAAGCAAGAGCCUGACGACGAUGAGCAAAAAACGACAGCCUAUCAAGUUACCAACCCCUUCCCUUUCCCUCUCCACCCUGACACCCACCCUGCCUACUCCACGUCUCUCCCCCAGCUUUGAGCCCCUGUGUGGGGCAAGACUGUACCAGACGGGGUGGUCCGAGUGGAGCUGCCUGUGCCCUAUGGAACCGAGAGCCAUUCCCAAGGUUCUCAAGCAGCGCACUACUCCGCAUCCCACAAUUUCACUGUCAACUCCCCCUUUCUGUAUACCUGCCUGAGGACUUUGGGACUGAUAUCUAGUUUUGGGUCUGUGCUUUUAAUAUUUUGUUGGAUGAAUGAAUACAUUUUUUAUGUUGGGUUUAUUUCUUACCCCUCUUCUUUUUGUCUGCUUUAUCUUUUUUUCCCCCC